CGGCGUGUUCUGUUGAUGGCUAUUCUGUGGAUACGAGUGAUUCCUUCAACGCGGGACUUCUUGUGUUAUAUAGAGACGCGAAUGGCGCGAAGUCGAUUCAGUUCUAAGUAAAACAUCGUUCUUGUAAAACGUUCCGUUAACGCAAACUUGUGCUUUUGUCACAGAAGAUAAAAAAACAAAAAAAACGUGCGAGCACGUGGUGUGAUUUGAUUCUCGAUUGCAUCCAAGAACAUCCGAAUUAACACACGUUCUGCAUCGUGUUACAGUACGGUUUACUAUUUCUAAACAUUAUCUGCGUAAGAAAUCCGCCGAUUAUCUCUAUACAGGAGUAGGAAAUAUAUCAUUUCGAGAGACGGAAAAUACGUGAGCGGGAUAUAAUUACACUCUAAUUAUAAAACUACCGAGAAUGAUAAGCUGGAAUUUGAUAUUUAGUCUGUUUUUUCUAGUUAUUUGUAGAAGCCGUUCAGAGACGAUAAUAACGGCGCACAAUGAUAUCGGUCUCGCACCGAUUGAUCCUGAAAUCUGCGACAUGAUCGAUUGGACGGAACAUGCGUGCCGGCGAACGUGCGAGGAUGGUGCGGCGCCUUUAGACUGUUAUUACACCUUCAAGCUGGAAUAUUAUCACACAAUGAGCAAAGCGUGUUAUGAAUGUCCCUUCAACAUCACAGAUUGUUUUCGACCUCAUUGUGUCCCGGCGGACGGCGUAAAACGAUCUAUCUUAGUUGUGAACCGGCAAUUGCCGGGCCCGCCGAUUGAGGUAUGCCAAGGUGACAGGAUAAUAGUCGAUAUGAUUAAUUUCUUGCACGCGGAGAGCACCACGAUGCAUUGGCACGGACAGCAUCAUCUCACCACGCCGUACAUGGAUGGUGUACCUUACAUAUCGCAAUGUCCUAUCCCUCCCGGCGCGACUUUUCGAUACAAUUUUAUCGCCACCGAAGCCGGCACGCAUUUUUGGCAUUCUCACAUAGGAUUUCAGAGAGGCGACGGUGUGUUCGGACCGUUGAUUGUUCGUGUUCCCCCGAAAGCCGAUUGGCACAAGGAUCUUUACGAUUACGACGAACAUACGCUAACGGUUGCCGAUUGGGUUCACGAGUUGGGUCUUCCCAAAUUCUUGGCGCAUCAUCACUCGGACGGCGACAACAAGUCGCCAAAUUUACUGAUAAACGGUCUCGGCCGUUUCGAUGUUCAAGAUGAAAACGAAACUUUGGCCAACAUGCCUAUCACGACGUUCGUAGUGAAACCGAACUUUCGAUACAGAUUUAGACUGAUUAAUGCAGAAUUCCUCAACUGCCCGAUUGAAAUUUUCGUUGAUAAUCACACUUUACAUGUGAUCAGUUCGGAUGGACGUGACGUUGAACCAGUUGAAGCCGAUUCUUUGGUGAGUUACGCCGGUGAGAGGUUUGAUUUCAUAAUCGAGAUGAACCAACCGGCGGACAAUUAUUGGAUGCGAUUUCGUGGACUGAUGGACUGUGACGAGAGAUUCUUGAGCGCCCAUCAGGUCGCGAUAUUGCGUUACGAGGGCGCGCCCGAGAACGAACCGGAAGCAGAAGUUUCGUACGAUCACGUGCGAGAAGGACUGCAAGUAAACGCUCUAAAUAAGGGAACCGAAACAAAUGACAGUGUCAGUAUGCCGAUGUUAAAUGCGACGGAUGACGACGACGCUUGGAACACUAAAGAACCAGAUUAUCAGUUUUAUAUAUCGUACGAUUUUUACAAGAAAGACAACCCGCACUUUCACCGCAAAAACUUGUACGGCUUUCACCAAGUGAAAAAUAUGAAACAGCAGUUGUUAACGCCGCAACUGAAUCACAUAUCGAUGAAGCUGCCGCCGUUUCCGCUUCUGUCUGAGAGAGACCGAAUCGAGCCGAAUCAAUUUUGUAACGCCGACACGGUCGAGGGUUGCGAGGACGACUACUGCGCCUGCACUCACGUGCUCCAAGUUAAGCUCAACAGUGUGGUGGAACUGGUUCUGAUCGAUGAAGGUGUUCCGUAUGACGCGAAUCAUCCGUUUCACCUUCAUGGUUAUCAGUUCCGCGUCGUGGCUAUGGAGAAAGUAGGGAACACCACCACCGCCGAUGAAGUAAAAGAACUGGACAGGCAAGGUUUGAUAGUCAGGAAGCUCGUACGAGCACCUUUAAAGGACACGGUGACUGUCCCCGACGGUGGUUACACUAUCGUGCGAUUUUACGCCGCUAAUCCAGGAUACUGGCUGUUUCAUUGUCACAUCGAAUUUCACGCGGAGAUAGGCAUGGCGUUGAUCUUCAAGGUGGGCGAACACGAGGAUAUGUUGCCCGUUCCUCGCGAUUUUCCCAAAUGCGGCGACUGGAAAUCAAUGGACGAUCAGAUGGAAUUGAGAUCGGAAGAAACCGCGAUUGCAACGACGACCGAAAUUGCGUCAGAGAGGGAACGAUAUCUCGACAAUAAGAUAGAGCAAUUUCUGAAAUCUAUGGCGUAUUUCGAGCAACUGUUUAAAUCGCAAGCAUCAUCCGCGCUAUCGUUUACUCCGAGUAUAGAACUGACCGUAUUUGCUCUUUCUGUUGUAAGUAUCGUACAACAUUUUAUGAGACAUGUUUUAUGAGACAUUUACGAGACGUGUGUCUAUGUAAACGAGCCAGAACCGUAUUUGUGGGAGUUAUUCAGUAAGACUUGAUCGUAAAUUGGCAACUAUUUUCUCUUUUUUUUUUUUUUUCAUACAUAUUCCGAA